CACUGACACCAUUUCCUCAUAUGUGGCUGCUUCUCAAGUUUCACUACAAGCAGGAGGGAUAGGAGAAGUGCGCUGUCUGGGUGGGGAGAGUCCACGUCUGCCGCCGGGCUGCCACCUCCGCUCCGCUGGCGAUCCGGGAUAAUAAGUAAUGCGGAGGGCAGCGCUGGGAGGGCAAUGAUGCUGCUGGGCAGCGCGGAGCCAAGUCGCAGAGCAGCGCAGCAGGAGGAAACCCAGCGCAACGCAGCGCCGCAGCAGAGAGCCCAUCGCCUCUACUAGGAGGAAUGCCACGCAAGCAGCAGUGAGCCAGGCAGCCCAGGUGCCAGCUUGUGAGACCAGCUUCAGCAGUAGUGGCCCCCUGGCUCUGCCAGCCAGCAGCCCUCCAGGAUGCACAGGGUAAGAAAGUAUUUCCGAGGCAGUGGCAGAGCCCUGUCAUUUAUCUUUGUCGCCUCUGUCAUCUGGCUGAUCUUUGACAUGGUAGCUCUGAGGUUCUCCUUUAAUGAGAUGAACAGCAAGCUGCACAGUGAUGAACUUUUCAAAAGAGAGCAGGGGGGCUCUGAGUCCUGGAAGCCCCCGGGGAGGCUCCGAGGCAAGUGGGGCAACGGUGGGCAGCCCCGGGGCGAAGACUCCACCAAGCUUAAAGGGAUAUUCCACCCUCCUGGAGAUGAAUUGGGUAAGGUAGUUUAUAAGGACUCUAACAGCAUGUUCAGGCAGAGGAAAAGGACUAUGAAGCCGAUUGCGUUGGAUAAAAUGAUCGCUCCCAUGGGGGUACCUGGGGCCAAGUUGUCCUCCCUUGGUCUGCAUGAUCAGGAGCAAUAUAACAAGUUAAAGGCAGCAAAUGUCACGCAAAGGCUGGAGGCGAAAGUUUAUCUGUCAAAAGCUCCAGCAAAGGAGAAUUUCAUUAUCAAGCAAAAUGUGACAGCUUCUGUUGUGAGGGAGGGGGGGUUCCAUAAUGUGGACAAACUUGUAGAAUCAGUCACAAGGAAGAUUGGUGAUUUAGAGGAUCCUAAAAUACUAAAUGCCGGGGCCUCUAGAGAUGUUGUGGGUGGCAGGGAUGCAAUAGGCUCUAAAGAUGCAUUGGAGGGCAAAGAUGGUGGGGCCAAGGAUGCAGAAGCCUCUAAAAAGGCUGGGGAGUCUAACCACGCUGUGGAAAUCAAGGAUAAUGAGACCUCUAAGAUUCAAGGAGAUGUUAAGGGUGCAGAAGCCUCUAAAAAAGCAGGGGAGCCCCUAGACCCUAAACAUGUUAUAGUAUCCAAGGAUGAAGUAAAGUCCAAAGAGGAAAGGGCUCUUGAACAUGAUGCAGUGGCCAAAGAUGUAGGAGACCUUAAGCCUGAUAUCAGAGCUUUCAAAGAUACCGAUAAGGUCAAGGAUAAAGGCGCUGCUAAGGUUAUUGUAGAAGCCAAAGAUACUAGGGUCUUCAAGGAUGAAGCCAAGGACAAGGAGGCAGAGGGUUCUAAGGUUCUAGUCAAGGGUCAGGAGGCAGGGGGCUCUAAGGUUGUAGUCAAGGGUCAGGAUGCAGAAGGCUCUAAGGUUGUGGUCAAGGGUCAGGAUGCAGAAGGCUCUAAGGUUGUAGUCAAGGGUCGGGAUGCAGAGGGCUCUAAGGUUGUAGUCAAGGGUCAGGAGGCAGAGGGCUCUAAGGUUGUAGUCAAGGGUCAGGAUGCAGAAGGCUCUAAGGUUGUAGUCAAGGGUCAGGAUGCAGAGGGCUCUAAGGUUGUAGUCAAGGGUCAGGAUGCAGAGGGCUCUAAGGUUGUGGUCAAGGGUCAGGAUGCAGAGGGCUCUAAGGUUGUGGUCAAGGGUCAGGAGGCAGAGGGCUCUAAGAUUGAAGGUAAGGACAAAGAUGCGAAGGUCGCUAAAGUUAUAGUAAAGGAAAAUAAUGCACUAGACUCUAAGAUUGCAAUAGAUGACGGACCUAAUGCAUUACCCGCCAACAAUGGAUCCGUCGUCAUUAUAAAGAAAGCUGGUGCAGCCAUUGGUGAGCCCCAAGUUCAAGAGACAGUUAAAAUGUUAAACAUUUCGAAGGACGCCAUACUGCCAGCUACACACAGCGCGGGUGUUGAUGUAAAAAACUCUAGGAUUGGUUUCAAAGGAGGGAUUUUAGUAGAAUCAGAGAAUGAGGGCGUAAAAGGAACUUUGACAAAGAAUAUUACACAUAAGCUGGCCAAUGUCAAUAUUAGUUCUUCCAUUAAUGCUGAUGUGGAAAAUAAACAGUUAAUCCAUCAUGGUCAAGAGAGCAAAGUAAUAGGAACCGGAAUGCACAAAGUACGAACACUGGAUGCAACUGUGAAACCAAGAGACCUCAAAGCUCCCGGCCAGCUUGGGAGGCCUAUGCAAGUUCCUAAAGACAAGGAGCAAGAGGCAAACAAGCGGUGGAAGGAAGGAAACUUUAACGUCUAUCUGAGUGACAUCAUCCCCCUGGAUCGAGCCAUCGAAGACACCAGGCCAAAAGGGUGUUCCAACCAGCUGAUCCAUGACGAUCUCCCCAACACAAGCAUCAUCAUGUGCUUUGUGGACGAGGUUUGGUCUACACUUCUCCGCUCAGUUUUUAGCGCUUUAAACCGAUCGCCUCCCGAACUUAUCAAAGAAAUCAUUCUAGUGGAUGACUGUAGCACAAAAGCUUACCUCAAAGAAAAGCUAGAUGAGUACAUGAAGCAAUAUCCCAAGGUGCGGAUUCUCCAUCUGAAGGAAAGGCAUGGAUUAAUUCGAGCCAGAAUUGCUGGAGCGAAUAUCGCGACAGGGGAUGUUUUGACUUUCCUUGACUCACACGUCGAAUGUAAUGUCGGGUGGCUGGAGCCUCUCCUGGAACAAGUUCGAGUAAACAGAAAGAAAGUCGCUUGCCCGGUAAUUGAAGUGAUUAGUGAUAAGGACAUGAGCUACAUGACCGUGGAUAAUUUCCAGAGAGGUAUCUUUUCAUGGCCGAUGAAUUUUGGCUGGAAACCGAUCCCUACCGCGGUUCUCCAGGAGAAAAACAUGACAGAAAUGGACCCAAUAAAGUGUCCAGUUAUGGCUGGAGGAUUGUUUUCCAUUGAUAAGAAAUACUUCUAUGAGCUCGGUACCUAUGACCCAGGACUGGACGUAUGGGGAGGAGAAAACAUGGAAAUAUCUUUUAAGAUCUGGAUGUGCGGUGGAGAGAUUGAGAUUAUCCCAUGCUCCAGAGUGGGUCAUAUCUUCAGAAAUGACAACCCGUACUCCUUCCCCAAGGACCGACUAAAAACAGUAGAGAGGAACUUGGCUCGUGUUGCCGAAGUCUGGCUGGAUGAGUACAAGGAGAUUUUUUAUGGUCAUGGAUACCAUCUUCUACAAGAAAUUUCCAAAAUCGGGGACCUGACCCAGCAAAAAGAACUUAGGAAGAAGUUACAGUGCAAAAGCUUCAAGUGGUACAUAGAUAACGUCUUUCCAGACUUGGACGCUCCCCUGGCCAGGGCUUCCGGAGUGGUAGUAAACAUCGCCCUGGGCAAAUGUCUUUCUUUACAAAACUUCACUCUAAUCCUCGAUGAUUGUGAUGCCAGUCAAAUGAACCAGCAUUUUAACUUCACUUGGUUAAGACAAUUUAAACAGAAGAGUCUCUGCAUUGCCCCUGGGGGCAAAGAUAAAUUGGCCUUAUUACAAUGUGACAAUCAAAACAGCGCCCUCCGAUGGUUACACAAAUCUCUGACGGCAUUUCAGCCAGCGCUGGAAUCCCAUUUCGUUUUGGAAAGCAUUCCGCGGCCAACGUGUUUAGAGGUGGACCCUUCACAUAAGACCCUAAGAACAAAUGCCUGUGAUCCUACCAAUAAGCUUCAAAAGUGGCAGUUUGAGAAAUACUUUACACCAUGAAGGUGCCGCUGUUACAGACUUUUGUCUAUUUUUAUAACGUAGUUAGUGAAACAUGGACCAUACACUGUGACCUUAUACCAUGGACAGAACACGGACUUACUGUAAAUGUGACUUUGGGAAGCCUGUAGUUCAUUUUUGUUUUAAUCAGGGUUAGUGGGUUGUACUGAUUUUUGAAGGGGAAAAACUCCAGUAUUUGUGAAAAUUGGAUAUAACAUAUCCAACAGCUACACAAGCCUUUUUUGCAGUUUUAUCUUAUUUAAAACACCUUUCAGUUUCUGCAGCCAGCAACAAUUUUCUGUAGCUGCUGAAAAAGUAUUUUGUAUUUAUUUUUAGCUAUAGUACCAUAAUUGCUCUCUAUUGGCCUCAGUGGUGGACGGUGUAAUUUUUUUUUUUUGGGGGGGGGGGGCGGUAAACAGUAUAACACCAGCCUCUUCUCCGGUCAGUCAGUAGCACUUGCCCCAUCACCGGCAUCGUUCCCUGCUCGGCGGCGGCCUCCAGUUCUCCUGCUUUUCACGGGUCAUCACCGCGAUAACGGCGGCGGCCUCCGUCUUCUUCCCUCCUCCUUGGCGACUGGAUUGAGGAUCCAUUUGCAUUCUCUGCGACCCAAGCCCACCCUAUUUUGAGAGCCUCUGUCUCUAAUCAGGUGCUUAAAAAAAGUCCUGACCGCUGUAAUUCAUGC